AAGCGUAGAUGACAUUGCGAACAAGAGAAAAUGAGAAAAAAUGAGGGAGAGAGAAAGACUACAGCUAGCACAUAAAAUUUAACAGUUAUGAGCACAGCAGAGAGCGCGCGAGUGAGAACAAAGUCGACUAGCUGGAUUUUAUUUAAAAAUGGCCCGCUGCUCAUCAAGAGCUUCAAGUCACUCUCAAUAGCGAAUUAAACGAACGCGCAGCAAGACGGCAAAAAAAAUUGAAUAUAUGUACAUUUUAUAUUUAUAUAACAAGCAAAAGCUUUAAGAAAGGGUGUGUGUGUGUGUGUUAAGUGUGUUUACAAACAAAAUGAUAAGCAUGAGAUAUUUGUUGCCUGUAUUGCUAAUCAUUGGGACACAAGCCAAAGCUAAUGGCAACUCCAUUCCCACAGCAGCAACAGCAACAACACCAACAGGCAUUUUUCAAACAAACGCUGCGUCGGCUGCGCUGCCGGCGUCAGGAUACGAUGACAUAGAUACCUACGUUCCCUUCAGGAGCGAUGCUCAUGACAAUUUCUCAUGGAAUCUAUUAAAAUCAGUGCUCCUGAGCGAGACGGCAACGAAGCGUAAUGUGAUCAUUUCGCCGUUUUCAAUCAAAUUGGUGCUGGCGCUGCUGGGAGAGGCUGCGGGUGAGAAUACAGCGACGCAGCAUGAGCUGGUGAGCACACAGACAGACGUGCGUUCGGCAAAUAAUGUGCGUGAGUUCUAUCGCAAGACGCUCAAUUCGUUCAAAAAAGAGAAUCAACUGCAUAAUACGCUCAAUGUGCGCACCAAGCUCUUCACCGAUAAUUUUAUUGAGACGCAGCAAAAGUUUACAGCAACCCUCAAGCAUUUCUAUGACACCGAAGUCGAAGCCCUGGACUUUGCGCAGCCCGACGCAGCAGCGCAUUCGAUCAACUCAUGGGCAGCAAAUGUCACCGAUGGUCGUCUACCUAACCUGCUAACUCCCGAGCAAGUGCAGCAUAGUGUUAUGUUGCUUACCAAUUUAAUUUACUUCAAGGGUCUGUGGCGUCGCCACUUUCCCAUGAGCUUUGAGGGCGUCUUCUUUGCCAGCAAGCAUAAGCAAGAAAGGGUCAAUUUUAUGGAGCAAACAGAUUACUUUUACUAUUACGACUCUAAUAAGCUAAAGGCGCAAAUUUUACGCUUGCCCUACAAGGGUAAGAACUCUAUGUUUGUGCUACUGCCACAUGCCAUGGAAGGCAUUCACGAUUUGCUCAAAAAUCUGGAGAACGUGGAGCUGAAGAGCGCUCAGUGGUCCAUGGAGGAGGUCAAGGUGAAAGUGACUUUGCCUCGCUUCAGCUUUGACUAUAAGCGUGACUUCAAGGAGACACUUCGCCAACUGGGCGUGCGCGAAAUCUUUGAGGACAGCGCUUCGUUGCCAGGACUUGCUCGCGGCUCCGAUGUGGCCGGCAAGGUGAAGGUAUCAAAUAUUCUGCAAAAGGCUGGCAUUGAUGUCAACGAGAAGGGCACAGAGGCGUUUGCAGCCACAGUCGUGGAAAUUGAGAAUAAAUUUGGCGGUGCUCAGACCAUUGAGGAGUUCAAUGUGAAUCGCCCGUUCGUUUUCUUCAUCGAGGAAGAGGCAACGGGCAAUAUUCUAUUUGCCGGCCAGGUGCAUACACCCUAAAGGCGAAGCAGUUUUAAAAUCAGGACAAUGCGACUUUUGCAGUUGUGAUUUUGCAUAAUUUAUAAUGUUUAAAAACAAAAAACGAAGCGGCAAUAAGUACGAAAUAAAAAUAUAUACACAUAUUAAAUAACAAAAUUGAGCAAUAUUAAAUAACAAACUUGAGCAUUAUUUCUCAAUUAUACGCGAUAUGCGAGAGCAACUGUGUCGCGACCUUUGAGUGCAUCCGUUUCUUAUUUUUAUUUAAUAAACAAUGGCUUUGAAUACAACGCGGGUCAGUUGCAUAGACACAACGAGAAAUAAGCGGGAAAAUUUUAAUGUUUAUGUAUAAAUACAUACGUAUUAAAAUGUAAUCUGUUCAUUCUAUUUUUAGCAAGGGAAUUUCAAUUUAACAGUCUAUUAUAAAUAG